CCAAAGACCUUCCUUGUCGCUUAUUCGCUUAUAAUAUCGUGUGAAUACGGAGAACGGAGAAUACUAUUGUGUUAUUGUAAUAAAAUUUAAUAGUGACUGCAAGUUAGUAGUUACUGUAUCUAAUGUAAAUGAGUACCUAUUUCAGUGAUUUGAUUAGUGAUAUAUUCUAAGUUAUGACCAUGGUUAUGACGUAUCGAAUUGUAAGCAGCAGUAAUUGCAAAUCCAUUCAAUAGUUAGUCGGUUUUAUUGGACCCAGCCCGGCACUAGGCAGUGGUGAUCGCUGUUCGAACAGCGUUGUUUAUGUUGUAUAAGUGUAAUGCUAAAAAUGUACGGGUGGCAGCUAAUCCUUUUGAUUAUUACCUUUUGGGCUAACUUUGUGAGAGCUGCGGUCAUUCCUGGUAACGACGAUGUCGAUGAACAAGGACUCUACAGUAAGUCGGACCAUGUCACUAUAUUAACAAGUAAAAAUUUUGACAGAAAAAUUUAUGGGCAACAAAAUGCUUUUUUACUGCAAUUUUACAACAGUUACUGUGGCCACUGUAGAGCAUUUGCACCAAAAUUCAAAAGCUUGGCAGCGGAAUUGGAACCCUGGAAAAACAUAGUUAAACUUGCAGUCAUUGAUUGUUCUAUUGAGGAAAACAAUGAGAUAUGCAGGCAAUUUGAAGUCAUGGCUUAUCCUUCCCUUCGUUACUUACAUGAAAACUAUGUAAAGAGCAAUGCUAAUGUGGGCGACAAAUUUCGAUCUACUGAUAGUGCAGAGAAGCUAAAAAUCCAGUUAAUAAAUAAAAUGCAAAAUGAACAAACAAUGGGACGCUUAUCCUUUGCUCCACCUCUUAAUAUUGUCUCUUAUGUAAAACUAACAGAUACUCUCAGCAAAAUUCCAAAAGAUGUAAUUUACACCUUCCUUAUAUUUGAGAAUGAUAAUUCAACUAUUGGUUCAGAAUUAAGUCUGGACAUGAAUGAUUAUGAGCAUAUCAAAGUGAAGAGGGUGUAUGAGACCAGUGAAUUGGCUGAUGUCAUAGGAGUGAAAAGCUUUCCUGGUCUGGUUGCGGUGGGAGCAAAUAUGGAAGCUACCUUACUUAGUCCAAAAACUUCAACUAAACAGGACUUCCUAAAGGCAAUAAAUACAUUUUUAAGGUUAAAGAACUAUAAAUUCCCUUUGAGAGAUAUUGACCGUGCAGAAAGCAGAAACAGUAUUGAACACAGUGGAAUGCAUCUACAAGACACUAACAUAGUUUAUUAUAGUGAUUUAGAAAAGACACUAAAGACAAGUUUACACACAGAAAUUACUAGGCACAAAGCUUUAAGUAAUGAAUCCUUACAAGCCCUUAUAGAAUAUUUAAAUGUCUUAAUAAUAGCUUAUCCAUUUAGAGGAAACCUAAAAGAAUAUAUAGUAGACUUGCGAGAUAAUCUUAAUAGUAAGAGUCAAUGGAGUGGAAGUGAGGUGUAUGAUUUAGUGAUUGCACUGGAAGCAACACAUGCCCCUGUGUUUGCCCCUGAUCUAGAUUAUGUAAGGUGUAAAGGAAGUAGGCCAGGUUAUAGAGGAUAUUCUUGUGGUCUGUGGACUUUAUUUCACACACUCACAGUGAAUGCUGCUCAAAAACCAGGCAAUGAUGGCCCAAGAGUUUUGAGAGCUAUGCAUGGUUAUGUAAAACAUUUCUUUGGCUGUACUGAAUGUUCUGAACACUUUCAAGCUAUGGCUGCCAGAAAUAGAAUAUUUGAUGUGAAAGAUAAUGAUAAAGCAGUACUCUGGCUGUGGAUUUCACACAAUGAAGUCAACUUGAGACUUGCUGGCGAUGUAACUGAAGACCCAGAACAUCCUAAAUUACAAUUCCCAAGUGUCACACAGUGCCGUGAAUGUAGACAAGAUAGGGGAGCUUGGAACUUGCCUGCAGUGUAUGACUAUUUGCAAAGAAUCUAUGGUGCCAACAAUAUUCAAGAUGUCAGGAGGGGCAGGUCUGCAUCGAGCCUGUCUAGCCCACUCUCCAACUUGGACAUUGGAAUGUUAAGCUUCCUCUGUUUGAUUCACCGCCUGUGGAGAGACAAUCUACUUUUGAUCUAGGCUAAGGUACAUGAACUCUUAAACCGUGAUACGCAGAACAGUAGCCCAGUUUCUCCAAGAGGCCAUAUUUUAUUCAUUUUUAUUUCUACACAAGAUAUUUUUUACAUAAAUAAUAAUUUAUAUCUUUUUAUAGAAACUCAUUAGUCCUAUUGUAUAAAUGUGUAUUUAGUGAAUGAAUGUAGAAAAUAUUUCUUUAUCUGUGACUAAUUAAUUAUUAUUAGGACUUAUUAUCUUAUUUCAUAAUAUUACUGGAUAUUAAUAAAUAAUUCA